AUGAGGUAUGAGCUCCUAGGUGUCGCCUCGGCAUCGGCCGGCGUUCUAUCGCAUCUUCUCUACUUCAUCCAUGGCCAUAAGGCCAUGCAAGCGCCAAGAAUUUUCGCCUUCUACUUGAUGGCAGAAUGUUUACUAUGGGUACGAUGCUUCUAUCUACAGGGCGCAUUUCAAGGGGCUCUCAGGGCUACCACGAUAUCUUUGUUCUACUUCCUAGGCCUCUUUACUAGCAUCGCAGUAUAUCGCCUCUUCUUCCAUCGCUUAAGGCGUUUUCCUGGACCGCUUGCAGCGAAGCUCACCAAGUUCUAUGGGCCCUACACGGCUCGGAGCGGCAAAUCACAUAUUAACUUCAUCAAACUCUUCGAGAAAUACGGAGAUGUCGUCCGAACUGCUCCAAAUGAGCUCAUAGUGCGAUCAACGGACGCUCAACAGAAAGUCUUUGGGGCUGGUACCCGAUGCUCGAAAGAAAACACUCCUUAUGAAUCCGUGGACUACAAAGGCUUCCAAAAUUUGGAGGCUAUGACAAAUCGCGAGGAACACCGCAAGAGACGACAAAUCUGGGACAAAGCUUUUUCUACAAAGGCCAUGGAAUCCUACGAAACCUACGCUCGCGAAGUAGUAUAUGAAUGGCUGGGAAAGCUGGCAACUCUGCAGGGUCAACCAGUUAAUACUUCAUUGUAUUCCCUCUUGAUCCCUUUCGAAAACAUGGGUCGCAUGGGCUUUUCCAUUAAUUUUGGAUCCAUCCAAAAGGGCAAAGAGGACAUUAUGUUGCACUAUCUUGAAGAAACUCUUGGUAUGAUCGCAAAACUCGGCACCAUGUGGUGGCCGAUUGCUUUAAUCAACGCGUUGGGAGGCAGUGGCGAUCACAUUGAAUUCGAAAAGCUGGCCUGUAGGGUGGUCGACCAGAGAGAAAAGCAACCCGAUGAUGAGAAUGAGGACAUAAUGAAAUAUAUUCUCCAAGACCAUCACGCAAAAGUCCCAAAGGGUUUCCACCAUCACGAUAUUCUAUACUCAGACGCUCAAGUCAUUUUGGUCGCAGGGACUGACACUAUGGGGGCAGCUUUAUCAUUUGCUUUCUACCAUAUAGCCCGCGAUCCCGCUGUACGACAGAAAUUGCUCGCAGAACUUGAGCCUCUCUAUGGACGCACGUUAACCGGAGAAUUUACCAACCUUGACUUGAUUGAUGCUGAAGCACCGUAUCUAAACGCGAUUAUCAAUGAGACAAUGAGAUUGGACAAUCCGACUUGCUCUAAUGGUGGUCGAAUCACGCCACCUGAAGGGCUCGAGGUUGACGGUAUCUUUAUUCCUGGCGGGGUGGUGGUCUAUACACCAACAUAUGCUAUACAACGAAGUGAGUACCUUUACGAAUACAAAUACAUCACUCUUGAUAUUCUUUUGGUGUCGAACUUUUGGCGGGCAUACCUUCCCUUCUCUCUCGGUUCUCACAGUUGUGUGGGAAAAAGGGUUGCUAUUCUUGUGCUACGCUUGGUUUUGGCAUAUACGGUCUGGUACUAUGACUUUGAGUUUGCUCCCGGUGAAGAUGGGCUCGCCAUCCACCGAGAUUCGAUUGAUGCUUCUAUUUUGAAGCCGGGCAAGCUGGAAUGCGUCUUUGCCCAAAGGACUUGA